UAUAUAAGUAUAGAUUCUGCGAAUAAGGUCUUCGCUUCUUUCAGCCUCCUCAAUUUUCAUAUGGAAUGAUAGGUUUUCUCGACGAAAAAGGAGUCGUAUACUCGCGAUACUCGGAUAAAUUCGAUACCGAAGCUGUUCGUCUCACUACAGAUAGGCGGCGUCGAUCUAGAGCAUCAGUGAAGAUUAAGAAAGGUUUCUUUUUGAUUCUUUGUAUCACUGUUUGCUAUAUCGUAUACUUUUUCUCCUUUAUCAGGAAAAUUCCUGAGCUGACAGAAUCCGAGUACUUCAAGUACGCAUCACCUUCUUCGAUCGUUACACUUCCAAUGGAGUACGAGGACGAUCAGCUAUACAAACCUGUGAAGAUGAAUAGUACGCUCGGCUUUGAACGAGUUUUCAUUCUUAAUCUGGAUAUGAGAACCGAUCGUCGUGAUUUAAUGUCUCUCAUGGGCUUAAUUUCUGAUAUAGAUUUUGAAUAUAUCAGUGCGUUCAAUAAAAAUAACACGGAUGAGGUUCGAAUGCCAAAUGUUGCAUUACAUCCACAAUUCGAACAGGAUUCUCUUACUCAAGGUCAAUUUGCUUGCUACCGCUCGAAUCUGAAUAUUAUGCGAAGAAUUGUAGAGGAAAGAAUUGAAUCUGCACUCAUCAUUCAAGACGACGCGGAGUGGGAUUUAGAUUUUAAGCUUGCUUUGGAAAGGCUGCAAGGACCAUUUUCAAGUCUUCUGCAAGGCUUAGACAAAGAUAGACAGCGUAUACGUGCGCCAAAGCAACAUGAUCCUUGGCAUACGAGCGAAUGGGAUAUAUUCUGGCUAGGAGCAUCAGACGAGAAAGCAUGGCCAAAGAGAAAAAACUCAAAUGAUCCAAGACCUUAUGUGAUUUAUAAUGAUGAUCUAGUAACUUUAGAAGAAGAUGAGGAACCAGGAGGCAGAAAAGUUUGGCCUAAUUACGGACUUCAACGUGCUCGUCAAGCCGGAGAGCCGCUUCAGCGAUUAGUACAGCAAUCCCGCUUCCCUGUAGGAAUGGCUGCAUACGCAGUAACGUUGAGUGGUGCGGCUCAAAUUCUAGCACAUGCUAGUUAUGCAAUUCGUCAACCUUAUGAUCUGACAGUGUGUGCCCUGUCUCGAGUUAACAAUCCUUUAGGCUAUCCUAAAAAUUCGUGCUUACUUAUGGAUCCGGUACCGCCAAAAGAUGAGUCUGUUCUAAGGUCGUAUAGCGUCUGGCCGCCGCUUGUCACACAAUUUCGUUCGCCAACCGGAGAGCGGGACAGUGACUUGACUUCGGGCGGGGUCAAGGCUGCUGCUCGUCCCCUUACAUCGGAUGGGAUGCUGGAAGGAGGUAAAGCAGGUAGAAAGUUUGGGUACGGCCUAGAAAUAAGAAAAGGAGUUAAGGAACAGAUUCUCUCGCGGGUGAGGGGUUGGCGCGGUGCACAAAGAGUAUCGGUGCGAUAACGAUAUCAAAUAUCUUGACCGCUUUAUGAAGACGGUCAUUAUUAGUAGAGAUGUAUGUUGUAUAUAGAAAAUGAUGAUUAUAUCUUUUCCAUCUUUAUAAAAAGUUGUAU